UUUUGUCAUUUCUGAAAUAACCUUUUAUUAAAUUUGAGAAACACAAGCAAACCACAUUGAACAUUGUUUUAUCAAAAACUCUAUCACCAUGGGAGAAGUUGACCCAGCUUUCGUUCAAGACCAACAACACAGACCAAAACUCUCCAUCAUCCAAGCCGAAGGAAUUCCCCAAAUUGACCUUACUCCUAUACUCCAACAUGAACUUCCCAAUCCAUCUACAAUUGAUACCUUAGUGAAGGAGAUUGGAAGUGCAAGUAGAGAGUGGGGUUUUUUUCAAGUCAUAAACCAUGGGGUACCCCUUAGUCUUAGGCAGAAGCUUGAGGAAGCUUCUAGAAAGUUCUUUGCUCAGAGUUUGGAAGAUAAGAAGAAGGUUGGAAGAGAUGAGAUCAAUCCAACUGGUUAUUAUGAUACAGAGCAUACCAAGAAUGUUAGAGACUGGAAAGAAGUUUUUGAUUUUCUUUCUAAAGAUCCUACUUUUGUUCCUCUCACUUCUGAUGAAGAUGAUGAUCGAGUUAUUCAAUGGUCUAAUCCAUCCCCUCAAUACCCUCCACAAUUCAGAGAUAUAAUUGAAGAGUAUAUUGAAGAGAUGGAAAAGUUGGCAUAUAAGUUGUUGGAACUCAUAGCAUUGAGCUUAGGAGUUGAAGCAAAGAGGUUUGAAGAAUUCUUCAAGGAUCAAACUAGUUUUAUUAGAUUCAAUCACUAUCCUCCAUGCCCUUACCCUCACCUAGCUCUUGGCGUUGGACGACACAAGGAUGCUGGUGCCUUAACCAUUCUUGCCCAAGAUGAUGUUGGAGGUCUUGAAGUGAAGCGUAAAACAGAUCAAGAGUGGGUUCUUGUGAAACCAACCCCAAAUGCUUAUAUUAUCAACGUUGGUGAUAUCAUUCAGGUUUGGAGUAAUGAUGCCUAUGAGAGUGUGGAACAUAGAGUGAUGGUGAACUCUGAGAAAGAAAGGUUUUCAAUUCCUUUCUUUUUCUUCCCUGCACAUGACACUGAAGUCAAACCAUUGGAGGAGCUGAUAAAUGAGGAAAACCCUUCAAGAUAUAAACCAUACAAUUGGGGCAAGUUUCUUGUUAACAGAAAGAGCAGCAAUUUCCAGAAAAAGAAUGUGGAGAACAUUCAAAUUUAUCAUUAUAAGAUAUAAGAUAGCUUAUAAAACAAGUAUCACUUAGCUUGUACAUGUAAAUAAAUUGGGUAUAUUUGAAUAAUAUGUUGCAGCAGAUUGAUCCAAGGCAAUGUUUCCUAUGCGUGAGACUAGUGUGUGUAUUGGGUAUUAUUAUUUUGUAGGCAAGUGUACCCGAAAAACAUCUAUAGUGUUCAUCUCAAAAAUUAAAAUUAGUCACACUAGCCUUCAAUUUUACUGUUUAA